UAGACUAUAUCUGUAGUGAACAGUGUAUCAGUUAUUAGUUAAUUGUAGUCUCUGCUUUGUAAUAACUUAAGUUAUGUUAUUUAGUAAUAAUAAUUAAUUUUAAUAGAAAUGUAAAAAUGUUAAUGAAAGUAUAGUCACUUGGAAAUGAUUUUGAAAUAAGAUUUUUGUAACAAUAAUAUUUCACAUUUAAAAUGUCCUCUAUGUUCGAAAUAACUGAUUUACAAAAAAUUGGAGUUGGAUUGGCCGGAUUUGGAAUAUCAUUCCUGUUUUUAGGCAUGUUAUUGUUAUUUGACAAAGGACUUUUAGCGAUUGGCAACAUACUAUUUAUAGUUGGGUUAAGCUGUGUUAUUGGAGUAACACGAACAUUAAAAUUUUUCUUUCAACGCCAUAAAAUUAAAGCCUCGUUAUCAUUUCUCGGUGGCAUUUUUGUUGUCUUGUUUGGAUGGCCUAUAGUUGGAAUGUUACUAGAAAUAUAUGGAUUCAUACUUCUUUUCAGCGGUUUCUUUCCAGUAGCAGUCAAUUUUUUACGAAGAGUGCCAGUGUUGGGUACAAUGCUCAACUUUCCUGGAAUUAGUGGAAUUUUAAAUAAAAUCGGAGGAGAUACUAAUCGAUCUAUGGAUUUUCAAUGAUGUGACUUGUUUAUUACAACUUAUUCCUACUAAUUGAACAUUCCUUGGUUUUUCUGUUAAUACAGAAAUGUCCAUUUAAUAUAACAUUGUAAUCAUUUAAAACAUACCAUAAUGUCAUUAAAACAUAUGUUUUAUACUUUAUAGUUGUUUUAAUAAUUAUUAUUAAUUACUAAGUUAUCUAAAUUAUCAAUAAUAGUGAUUCAACAUUUUGUAUU